AUGAAUUACGAAUACGAGCGAGAGAGCGGUUUUAUCAAUAGUCAGCCGUCGCUUGCUGAGUGCCUGACAUCUUUCCCCCCUGUCGGUGAUUCAUUUCAAAGUUCAUCAAUCAAGAGCUCGACGCUUUCACGCCCGACACUUAUUCCUCCUCCUUUUGAGCAGACCAUUCCCAGCCUCAACCCGGGCAGCCAUCCGCGGCACAGCCGGCCUAGGCAUAGCCCCGAUGGAUGCAGUCCACUGCCCACAGCCUCCUUACCCCCGGAGUACCCAUGGAUGCGGGAGAAGAAAGCCUCGAAGAAGAACUACAUGCCAACUUCCACCGCCACCACAAUCUCGAAUGGACCUAUGUGCUUCUCUCCAAAAGGCUCGCCUGAGAUUCUGGAGAGUGGUGGUGGCGGAGGAGGGGGCUCCCGACGACUGAGGACAGCCUAUACUAACACACAGCUGCUGGAGCUCGAGAAGGAAUUCCACUUCAACAAGUAUCUCUGCAGACCGAGGAGAGUCGAGAUAGCUGCCCUACUGGACCUCACCGAGAGGCAGGUGAAAGUGUGGUUCCAGAACCGACGCAUGAAGCACAAGCGUCAGAACCACAGCAAAGAGAACCACAACGAAGAGGGGAAAGCGCCCGGCUCCGAGGACGGCAUCCACAGCGAUGAGGACGACGAGGGAUCAAUGUACGAGAAGAGUUGCAACCCUGGGAACGGGGCCCUGCUGGAGAGAGAUACCUGCUCCUUUCAGCUCAACCCGCUCGGUUCAACGCAGCAGCUCCAGAAUGUAGGCCCGCACAAUAGCGAGGUUGCGGGCUUUACAGUUUCACCACUGAACAGCAAUGACAAAAAUCUGAAACAUUUCUCCAACCCGUCUCCCACUGUUCCAGGCUGCAUGUCAACAAUAGGCCCCGGCUCUGCAUCUUACCCGGACAAUGGUGACUGUCCCACAAGCCUGGAUCUUUCUAUACACGAUUUCCAAGCAUUCUCUUCGGAUUCUUGCCUUCAGCUCUCCGAUGCAGCCUCACCAGACUUGUCAGAAUCACUGGACAGUCCAGUGGACAUAUCUACGGACAGCUUUUAUUUUUUCUCGGAGUCCCUUACUACGAUCGACUUGCAGCAUCUAAACUAUUAAGUGAAUUCAAUCAAAAACUUGUUUCUUCAGGGACGGUGCAGCCAGGCAGUGGUGGUAUUAACUGUAAUGUUAGUUCUGCUUCUGUAUAUCCGGAUAGUUAUUAAUUAUAUUAAACAAGGAGAUUAAACCAAGGUAAGGAAGAAAGUUUAUAAUUUAACAUUAAAAACAAGAACCGUUCAUAUAGUUACCAUUACAAAUUGUUCUCCUUAAAUAGAAUUUCUGAGUAUGGGAAAAAUAUGAAAAUAAUAGGCAAAUGGAACCUGGUAACUUUUAUUUUUGUAUAGCUCCAAUGUCUUCGAUAUUUUUUUUAGAAUACAAUUAACUUACUACAAA